GUAUUUGAAGCGUGUUCCAUGUUCGCUUCUACCGUAGGUAAGCUCACUUGCUAGCAUUUUGCGAGUGUUUUACAUUGAGCUGGGUGUUUUUCAAGUCCUUUGACGAGCUAAUGUUAUUCUUAGUAAUCAGAUCCGUGGCACUUGCUCCAAGUGGACGCCAACCGCGACCUGACUGGUUUGGAACGAAGCGCGGGCUGUCUCGCGAAGGAAACAACUUGCGUUCCCUGAUCUGCCUCAGCUGAGCCCCAUGGUGAUCUCUUUUCGCAGGAUUUAGAACGGAAACAUGGAAGACGACUGGAGAAAUCGCACACUGUGGUGCGGAGGGCUCGACGCCAAAGUAACGGAGGACCUUCUCCGUGAGCUCUUCGUCCAGGGCGGACCCGUCGAGGAGGUCAAGAUCCCGAAAACCAGUGAUGGGCAGUCCAAGAACUUCGCCUUUGUGACGUUUGUCCAUGCGGACUCCCUCUCGUACUCGCUAGCACUCUUGGAGGGCACGUGCCUCUUUGGCCGCAGGCUCAAGCUCGAACGGCGUCCCCGCGCUACCAUCGACGACAAGUACGUCGACAUGAUGAACCGGCACUACGAACACGUGCGCGCGCGGAAAGCUCAAAGAAGCCAGUGUGGCCAGAACGACCAGUACCGGCUGCCUAACCAGUACCCACAACCCAUCCAGUACCCGCAGCGCUACCAGAACCAAGACCCGUACUACAGCCAGUACCAGAACCAGUACCGUGUCCAGCCUCCACAAUACAACCAGUAUCCACAGUAUUCCCCCUACGGCCAGUACAGACAGUACAACCAGUAUGCUGCAUUGCGGUCAUACGCGAGGCAGGAAGUGCACCAUGUGGCACCUCCGGUGCACACGUACGUGCCCACGCCCAUUCACACCUAUGUGCCGACUCCGAUCCGGGACCUUGGUAGCAGCCCCAAAUUGGCCAGUUACUCGGGCCAGCGGGUGCCCGAGUAUUUCACGGGCUCACUCAAAAAGGAAGAGCCCCUCACUGAACACAAUGAAUACGCACCACGCCAGCAGUCGUCGCCCAGCAACCGUACGAGAAAUGACGAGUGUGCUGCCGAGGAGAGUUACUACAGCAAGCGGACACACUACUGACACGCUGACCACUGGCAGCUGCUGAACAAGAGAAGCUCACCUAGGCCAUCUGACAGAUACUUAGUGACAAGAAUGAAAAGUUGGUGUAUCCAUAAUUUUCAUUACCAUGUUCGCAUUGAAUGUUUGUGUGUAUUUGUUUCCACAUCAUUUAGACAUAGUCUGACAUAAGCACUGCUUAUGUUCUUUGUUUUGUUAAAUGUGUUUGUGUUCUCGACGUGUGAUUUCUGACAACAUUCAUACUAUUACAGUCUGUUGUGCCUUGAACCAAAUUUCAUCUUGUACAGGAAGAGAGGCAUGUGAAAAUUCACACGACAUAUUUGGUGUCUUUUUGAUAUUUUAAGUGAGUGUUCAUCUGUACAGUUUGAUAUUUCCAGAAUUUAUGGCCCAUGAGGAUGGACAUAAACCUUUCGGUGGACAUCCACCUGGUUAGGAAGGACAAUGAAUAAAAGGAAAACUCUAGCCAAAAAAUAAUACGGAGCCUGAUGUUUCAAGGCCAGUUCGACCCCUUGUUCACAGGUGACUGUUUUCGUUCUUGUUGUUGUCUUGCAAAUUGCCCGGCGUUGUUGGCUUCUCUGAAGCGGCCGUUGUUUCUGCAGGUGUGUUAUGGUUCGUAGCGCCUCGUCUGAUGCACCGCAAACCGGACACAUCAGCGCUUGAAAGUGUACCAGCUUACCGGUUGACAUUAUUUUGGUGUUCUGAAUGUACCAGGACUCUAAUAAAAGGCGCCUUCGCCAGUUUAUUUCCGUGCCAAGAAUAGAAGAGUUGUUGAAUCCAAUCGUGUGACCCUCUUUCUGGACGUGUUCUGCCAGCGCGCUACUCUGCACGUUAUUCUUUUUGACGUCCUACCGAUGCUGGCGUAGGCGUUCCGGGAAGUUUUUAGUUUCCCCAUCGAAGGAGGCAACGCAGUCACCUCCUAGGUUUUUGAACGACACAUACAAAAAACGUAGACGCUAUGAAACAGAAGACGCCCCCCCUCCACCCAACUGUGUAUGCGUCCCAUACAUCGAGGGCACAAGCGAGACUCGUGAACGUUUUACGAAAAGACGGCGUUGGUGUGACACAUAAACCGGUGUCCACCAUUGGACGCCUCUUCUCUCUUCCAAAGAAUUGUACCCCCUAAAGAAAAGGCUCAGGGACUCGUCUACAGGAUCCCCUGUGGUUACUGCGCCACCUCCUACGUUGGGGGAAAUAAAAACUUCACGGAACGUCUAUGCCAGCUUCAAUAGGACGUCAAAAAGAAUAACGUGCAGAGUAGCGCGCUGGCAGAACACGUCCAGAAAGAGGGUCACACAAUUGGAUUAAACUACUGCUCUAUUCUUGGCACGGAAAGAAACUGCCGAAGACUCCUUUUAUUAGAGUCCUGGUACAUUCAGAACAUCGAAAAUAACGUCAAACGGUCAGCUGGGACACUUCCAACCACCUACGUGUCUGGUUUGCGGUGCGUCACGCGAGCCGCUACGAAUCAUAACACACGUGCAGAAACAAUGGUUGCUUUAAAGAAGCCAACAACACCGGGCAAUUUGCAAGACGACGACAAGAACGAAAAGAGUCGCCCGUGAACAAGGGGCCGAACUGGCCUAGAGACGUCGGGCUCGGUAUUAUUUUUUGGUUAAGAGUUUUCCUUUCACCCAUGAGGAUAUAAGAUUACUCUUCAUUGCCCAUGUGUACAAAAGAUUUCAUAGCAUGAUAGACAAGCUUGUAAAGCAGCCCAGCUCAUAUGCACUGUAAAUGGACAUAUGUUUUAACCUUGAAAUGUGUUCUUCCAAAAUGACAAGUUUGUGAUAUGGAAGAAUGUUUUGUGCCAGCAGGCUGUCUGACAGGGGUAGUCUUACUACCUUUUUCCUUUUUUUCCUGGUGCUUCUCACUUUUAUGCUGGUAGUUUAAUGUGCAUAAGACAGUGAAUCUACUAGAUUCACAUUAAUCGAUUUAAACAUUCGCUGUUGCUUUUCUCUAUUCGUAUCUUGUUUCUUCUGCAUCUAGAUUGUACCUGGGUCGGUGACGGCCUCAAAAUGUUGGAGCUAAAAAGUCUGGACUUGCGCUUUUGUCAACAGAACUUCUACCUUUCAUUUCACAUCACUUAUGGCCAGUGACAGGUUAAGAGUUCAGGGGAGGCCCCUCCCACCUCUUUCCACUUUAAUAGACCAAAUGCUGGGGAGAAGGUGACCUCUUCUCCAGCGUUCUUUCUGCUAAAGAGGUAAGAGGAGCUUCCCCUAAACUGUCACCGACUAUAGACCAACACGCUAUUCAUAAACAAGCCCGCGUUAUCCCACACUAGGUGUGGGCACAGCGCCUGCACAGAAACCGAAUUCGCAUGAAGUGAAUCGCCUGUGCAAGUGCAGUGCCGUCGACAGCGCCACUGCAGCUGCUUGACAUCGGGGCCGCUUUUUGGUCUAUAGGGUGUUUUGUAUUGAUAUUGAAUUUGUGUGAACUUUGUUGAGAAUGUGCAAUUCUUAGGUAUUUUCAAGAUAGCAUUGAAAUUUAGCUGAGCAGAAGUAGUUAACAUUAAUACUGACAAUUAAUAACCUUUCUGGUACGCAAUUUUGUUUGUCCAAGUUGCAUUUGCAAUGUCAAACCAAUGGCACUACUGCUUCAUGUGUUGUGGUGACAUAGUCUGACCGGUGCUCUGGAAUCUACCACCACUCUGGAUGCUCCAGCCGGUGCUUGAGGUGUUUUUGGUCCAUGUAGUUGUGAUGCUCGUAGAUGCAUGGUCGACGUUUGUUAAACUGGAGAGCUGUAAAGCUAUGGGAGACAAGAAAUUUGCUGUAAGAGAAGAUGCACACUGCUGUUAAAAUCCCGUGUUUGUGCAGUACCUUGUUCAGUGAAAGUCACCUAUAUUCCAGGAAGAUUUUUCUUCAGAUAUUGUUUGUCAGGAACUUGGUACCUAAAGAUUUGUCGUACAUGUUACAUAAAGGUUUUCCGUAAAUGUGCUAGAAAUGUGGGAAGGUAGUCCUAAUGUGGAUCAGCAAAAUGGUUCAGUGAUGCAGCAGAAAUGGGAUGGUCAUGUAUUGUUUUCCAGAAUUGCCAUGCAUUUUCAGUUCUUAGUCCUGUUAAGUGCUGAAUAUGAGGUGGACCUUACACUAUUGUGGGCAGACAGAUUUUGACUUCGACGGAGCAGCCCUUCAUUUUGGGUCUAUGUGUAUCUUUAAAAUAUUGGUUCUCUCGCUAUUCCACAUAACAGGUUCAAACGAGUUCAUCCACUGCUCAGUAAAAGAGCAUCAUAGUUCAUGGACAACAUUGGCUUGUGCCCUAAUUUGAUUUGUGCUAAUUAAUUUUGGCCAUUUUGCACCUUCGCGUUAUCAAGUCGCUGCUUUGUAUUUCGUUGGUAUUAUAGAGAAUUGUUCUGAAUACCCCCCCCCCCCCCCCCCCUCCUCUCUGACAGAAAAGGAUGCAAGGAACUGUCUGUUCCUCAUCCAUUAGAUAAAAUUUUAACUUUUCAUCCAAUGUGCGAAGGCCUGUCACAAGCAUUCUUCUUGCUCUCUGCUGUGCAACACUUAAUUGCACCAUCUUUUCUCGCUUCUCCUUUUCUCUUCCACUACAAGGUGACCUUUUGAAACUAUUCUCGUAUUGAGUUGUUUUGAACCGGUGCAUGGGAAACGUUUGGAGGAUUGGGCAGAGUGAUCAUCGCAAGCAAGAUGCAGUUGCACCUUAUGGCUGAACCGCAAUCAAGUGAUUUAGUGAGUGACGUGACGAGCAUCGGCGACAAGCGCGGCGAGAGUCAGUAACGGGCGACAGCUAGUGGCGCCAUCGCUUUCAUACGGUUUGCCUCGUCGCGCCACUGCCGAGUGACAGCGGGUCGCCGUCGCUUGUCUUGUCGCUCGCCAUAUCGCUUGCAUGCGCUUUAUACUUUAUGUACUCUCUUUCAUACUUAGCCUACAACGAUGUCAAAGCUACUGGCGCGAGCGUGUGGCUCUUGUAUUAAAAUGUGUCUUAUUUGCACAAGAGUGCGCGUCCGAAUCGCGCCAAGUCGAGAGACGUACUUGCACCAGCAGUUUUGAUAGCGUUGUGUACUAAAUAUGCAACUGAAAAUAGAUCUAUGAUCACGCAAGACUAGGGACCCUGCGUGUCAGAGUGGAAAACGAGACAUGGAAGAAAAGGAGGGGGAGGGGGGGGGGGGGGGUGCGAAGCGAGAUAAGAAAAAGCUCUGCUAUUCGGUUCACCGUGAAAACGUACACUUUUCUGGGACUUUUUGUUGAGUGCACAAGCACCUUUUUUACCCAUUUUGCAGAACCUUUGUAUGCCAAAUUUAGUACGAAAGAGCUAAAAAUCGUACUCUACUGGAGCUAACAUUUUUAUCCUAUUUUAUUCUAAUACACUGUCAUGAGUAAGCAUUUCUUGUCUUCAGUCGCUUGGUACUGAUUUCGCAAGUUCCAGAAUAACGGGACAUUGGCGGUAUGUAAACAAAUUGACGGGACGACAGGGCGGUGUGCGCGAACUACGGGGGACUUCUCUAGCUGUCAUCAUCAUCAUCGUUUGUGACGUCGCGGGUAGGACGGGUAGGGCAGACCGCUCAGAUCUUCGAUCCCUAGGUUCGUCAGCUUGCUUCAUGCGAGGUUUGAGUAACGCGCGGCAAAGCCUGCUUCACGCGUUGCGUUGUGCUUAUUUGGUGAAGUGAUAUUUGUGGUAGGACCUUUUACCAAAGCUUGACAACGUAGAACGCGUAGUCGUACUAACAAACACUUGGCGCUGAGGUGUCGAAGCGCUGGGCUGGUGGUGUGCUGUUCUCUGCCCAGUACAAAAAGCUAGAUAAUGAACAUAGAAUAUCCAGCGCCUUACCCCACUACAUCUACCACGGCGAACAUAUAUUUUUUAUUAAUAUGAUACGGAUAAAUUAAAACUGAAAGGGAUACCUCAUCAAAUUGAAAAUAGGAAAGCGAAUCGAGAACCUCUCCUGUUUAGUAAGCACUUCUGUGAAAGAUACUCCGUGUAUCCUGUUGGUUCCAAUGUGUUACGUCAGUAGUGCUGGUCUAAAGUUGAUUCCUUUUUGCGUUUUGAAAACCACUAAACAAACAUUUCCUCAAAAUAACUGGCAGGAAGAAGCGGUAGCUGGCUUCCGGAUUUGUUUUGAACGAAAUACCUGCUUAUUCACCCGGUCGACGCGAAACGUGUGAGGCCCCCUCGCGAUCGAGAGUCGGUGGCACUUCAGCGUCUCAAAAAAUUAGGUAUACGCCCAAUGAAUUACUACCGUUUGUGUUUAAUUUUGCGUACUCAAAGAAUUGUGCAUAAUGCGUGAUACGCUUCUCAGCGAGAGAGUUUAAAUGUGUAAACAAUUAGUAAAAAAAUGAUGAAACAAAUUAAUCGCCUGAAUUGGCCGGGCCAUGGCCGGCAAUUUAAGAAGUUAUGAGUAUUUGUGCUUCUGAGCAGAAGUCGCUAUGUUACAAACUUCUUUGCCACUUAUUCGAUGCGGGAGGAGAUAAGCGUCAGUUGCUGACGAGUAUUUGCUCAUCAGCAACUGUCAAGUCACACUUUCAUAGAAGCGUCGGUAUCGGCAAGCUCAAUGGAGCUAAAACAAGUGUGCAACUCUUUGCAACAGAACUGUGCGCGCGUGCAUAGCUAAGAUGGCAGCCCGUCAUUUACUCGGGUGAAUGCAAAACCCUUUUCUACAAAAGCCUCCACAGAUACGAAAAAAAAAACAAAGAAAACGGGCUGUGAAAAGCUUUGACGCACGCCGCGCAAGCUGCUCCAGGCUAGUUAUUGAACAUUUGAAAGUUUUUUUUUUUUUUUUUUUUUUUGUAUAAAAAACAACUUUGAGGCGCUGUUAUUCGCUAGAGAGAUCACUCACAAAAACGUCAUACACGUUUCUUCGAUAAACCGUUUUUAAUCGGCAUAGAUGCGAACUGCGUCGUCUGCUCGCAUCCUACCCGCUUCAUCACAGGCGAGCGCCCGCCCGAGGUGGCGCCACCAAAACAAUCUCGUCGCCAAUAACGGGACUGUCCCGGCCAAAACCGGAUGUCUAGUCACUACGCAAAACAAAUGCGUUCUAAAAAAAAAAAAAAAAGUACAAAAAAUUAUGAAAGGGCUUUGUUAGUUCCGAUGGUGAGGCACAACAUCAUGAAGGAAUAUUAAAUGCCCUAGAGCAGUAGUUCUCAAAUGGGGGUCCGCGAAGCCCUGCCUCGUCAGUCAAGCCCGGCAAUAAAAGUUGUCUUUUAUCCGAUUGAGAAGAAGCGUUCCGAUUUUCGGGCGAGUUUUCUCGUGUAUGUGUUAGGGAGAGAAGUUUACUUCACACCACCCCUUAGUAAUAUUCACUUAUUAAAUCAUUAUCAGAGUUAACCUAUGCCUUUCCCUCACCGCGAACGGGGUCCUCCAUCAUCUCCGCCGAUCAACAAGGGGUUUGCGAAUCAUCAGUGGUUGCGAACCACUGCCCUAGAGUGUGCGUGGUGAGAGUUUUACAGAAAUAUACAAAUAUGUGGCUCAAAAUCGGGUUUUUGUCCGUUCGAAAACCGCCUGUCGGGAACCACUUGCUCAAAGCAGUAAACCCCUGCAAAAAAAAAUAAAUAAAUAAAUAAAUAAUUGCACGUGUAUAGUUACGGGGGAGGGAAAUAACCAGUGGAAAUAACCCACUGGAGUCCCAGAAUGUACGACGUUACAUCCCGAUACUCUGGUUUCACUAGCAAAUAGACAAAAAGUGCAUUGGCAAUUUCGUUUCAAAUCGUGCAAAAAAAGGCCCACGAUUCGGUAAAUUUCAGAAAGACAUUACGCGCUGGGCCAAAUCUUGUGUUGCAGGUUAAGAAGGUAGGGCGAGAGAAAGCAUGGUGGGAGAGGAGGAAGCGUUGCGUCCAUUUCCUCCUCUCCCACCUUCCUUUCCCUCGCACUACCUUCUUGAGUAAUUCUUUGUUCUUGAGGUUUUGGCUUCAAAAGGACCCAGGACCGAUUUUGAAAUUUGGACAAUUGUCAUAGGUAGCACAUUGGCGUGUUUUGCCCGGCUUAAAUACAUUCCUCUCAGAAGAAAACUUCGUAGGUAGUUUUACAAACUAAGAUACAAAAGCAAGCCACCACAAAAAUUUUGUUUUAUAAUUGUUCUAAAAAAAGCCAGGACCUAACCCCCUAAAGAUAAUUUACGUGUUUUGAAUGAUGGCAGUUUUAUAUCAAAUGAAAGGUUAAACAUACUUAUUCAACAUGUACAAUAUUAUUGUUGUCAGUUGAAGAUAUGCUUACGGAAAACAACAUCAAAUACGAGAGGAAACUAAAACUACAAAUUUACUGAAAAAAGCCAUUUUUUUUUCUCGUAUGAAGUGCUUUUGGUGUAAUUUAAGAAAACAAUAAAAAAAAGUUUCAUGUGGUGUGGGCCUAUAAAGCUGUACGCUUGAAAAGACGACGGGUGUAUUUGAAGCUCUAUCCAAGCAGCAAAGAUGGGUCGUUCCAUUUGUCUCUGCUUAAUAAUUAUUUAUUUAUUGGCAUCCUGUCGCUAUCU